GGCUUCACUUCCGCCCAGCAGCAGACGAACAUGGAGAAUAAUUGAGCGGUUAGAGACGAAGCUAGCUUAUUUUAUCACCCAGGCUAGCAGCGACUCUCUAUUAACCCUAUUUCUUUUUAUUUUUUAUUUCGGAAACAAGUGAUUUUCACGCGUAGGAUCCAAAAUGAACAUAAUUCAAAUGAAACGGGGCGCGCUGAACGUAACGACGGGAGUCAUGAGCUGUUGUAUUCUUCCUCAAAAUGGAGUCAUGGACGGAGCCAUCCACUAUGGCUCCUCCGGAGAUAACUCCCCGCAGAUCGCUGUGGGCUCCACCAAAGACUCUCAAAACGGGAAUUUGUCCUCAAACGAAACUUCGAAACGGCCCAAGAUCCUCGAGGUUAACUCGGCUAACGGCUACGCGACAAAAAACCACCGUAUGGACAGCGAGGACAUCGACGACUCUCUGCCGUGCACCCCGGAGCUGCAGUCCGACAGCGAGGCCGAUGUCUCCGGCUGCCCGGCGGGGGACGAAGUCCUCGAGACCGAGACGAGGCAACUCAUUUGCCGGUUUAUGAGAGACUUUACGGGACUUUCGAGACCUCGGUGGGGGGAUGGCAGAGCGCUAACGACAAUGAAAAGAGUUGUGGAGGACGUUUUGGAGAAACACAGAUACGCGUACAAUGGUAUGGUCAACAAAUUGUCACUUGACAACAGAGGUGAUGAUGCCAGUUUUGUCGGCGCAGUAGCCAAGAGCCUCUUUGCAGACGGAACAACCAACUGGGGUCGCGUGGCGAGCCUGGUGGCGUUUGGGGCGGUGGUGUGCCAGCACAUGAAGGAGAAAGGCCGUGAGAACUGUGUGGAGCUGGUUGGACAGGAAAUCUCCACGUACCUGCUGGCCGACCAGAGGGACUGGCUGGUUAAAAACAAUGGCUGGGAUGGUUUUGUGGAGUUCUUUCGAGUAGCAGACCCCGAGUCCACAGUGAGGAACACGCUCAUGGCCUUUGCUGGAUUUGCUGGUAUCGGGGCGACACUGGCCCUGUUGAUCAGGUGAAUUUUUGGACUCUCUGAGGCCUGUUUUUCACAUAGUGGAGGAUUCCUCUCAUGACAGCACGGUGAAGUUGGACUUUGAUGGACUUAACCUGGGUUUCCCUUUUUCCUUUUCUUUGGCUCUUCUUCCAUCCACUCCCAACUGCAAAUGAAUUCGACUUUUUUUCUGGACUUUAACUGACUGCAAGACAACCACAGCCAGGGGAUAUUUAAAUGACUAAUACAUUUUAUUUUUCUAAGAUGGUUCAAUAAAUUUUCUAAAGCGAUGAUGGGCAGUCAGUGGACCUGAUUGUACCUUAAUUUUCACCUGAUUAUGUUUACCUGUUUGUGCAUAGUUUUAUCAUAAUUCCCAGGCAUCAGAGGCGUUUUUGUUUAGUCCAAAGCAGGAAGGGAAAGCUGAGUUCGUCAUGUCAUGCAGUCAUGAAGCCAAUUUCCAUAGAGCCCAUUGAGAUCCCCUGGAUGCUUUGAAUGGUCACUUGACCCAUAUGAGGGGAGGAGGGGGGAUUUGCAUGAGUGUCGCUCCAUUUCCUUGUUAUGAAAAUGUUGAUCUGCACUUAGAGAAGCAACCAUACACACAGGACUGUUGGCUCAGCGGUAGCCUGGAAAGUUUGAUUGUGUUCAGUGAACAAGGACUGAAAGCUGGAUAGAAGGGGCUUGUGCUGGCCGAUUGCACCGAGACGUUCGAGGAAGGCAGACGACGAUUAGAUCAGAUCCAGCUGUAAGCUAACAAAUCUGUAUAGUUUAAAUGAUAAUAAAAAAAGAAACAAUAAUGCA